AUGGAGGAAUUAUCUGGUGAGAGCCUCAGCUUGUCAAGGAAGCCUCCUGUAGAUGUAGCCAGUCCAAACUUGUCUUCUGCCGGAGCUGUCUUCAUCAUGUUAAAAUCUUCUCUAGGAGCAGGGCUCCUAAAUUUUCCAUGGGCUUUCAACAAGGCUGGAGGGAUCACCACAGCUGUCCUAGUGGAGCUGGUUUCCUUGAUCUUUCUCAUCAGCGGACUGGUUAUCCUGGGGUACGCUGCGUCCAUUAGCAGCCAUUCUACCUACCAGGGUGUCGUAAGAGAGCUCUGUGGCCAAGCGGUGGGGAAACUCUGUGAAAUUUGCUUCAUUGUAAACCUCUUCAUGAUUUCUGUGGCUUUCCUCAGAGUUGUGGGAGAUCAACUGGAAAAAUUGUGUGACUCUCUUUACCUUAACGAAACCCUCAGCGGAGCAGCCCCCUUCCCCCGGCCCUGGUACACGGACCAACGCUUCACACUAUCUGUGCUGUGCAUCGUCGUCAUUCUCCCGCUCUCUGCCCCUCGGGAGAUCGGGUUCCAGAAGUAUACCAGUAUCUUAGGUACUUUAGCAGCCUGUUAUCUGAUCCUGGUCAUAAUGGUGAAAUAUCACCUCCAGCCAGAAAGUCCCCACCAGGAGAUUCCUCCUCAUCCUUUGAGACCGUCUUCAUGGGUGUUCGUGUUUAAUAUUUUCCCAACUAUCUGCUUUGGAUUUCAGUGUCAUGAAGCCUCUGUUGCUGUCUACUGUAGCAUGCACAACAGAAAGCUCACACACUGGUUCACAGUGUCUGUGCUCUCCAUGCUGAUCUGUUUGCUGAUCUAUUCCCUGACAGGCAUUUAUGGCUACUUGACCUUUGGGGCUGAUGUUUCUGCUGAUGUUCUGAUGUCCUACCCUGGAAACGACAUGAUGAUAAUUGUAGCUCGACUCCUCUUUGGCAUCUCCAUCAUCACCAUCUACCCCAUUGUUCUACUCCUGGGGAGGUCAGUGACACAGGAUGUCUGUGCACCUGUGCUGUCUGCAAAGCCCUCAGAGGCUUUGGCCAGAAUGUUGCUGACGGUGCUGUGGAUUGCCACGACGCUCCUUGUUGCUCUGUUUGUCCCUGACAUCAGCAAGGUCAUUAGUUUGAUUGGAGGGAUCAGUGCUUUCUUCAUCUUCAUCUUCCCAGGACUGUGUCUCAUCUGUGCGAUGGAGACUGAGAGCAUCCAGCCAAAAACAAAGUCCUGUUUGAUAAGCUGGGGUGUAAUCUCCAUCCUCUCCGGAACAUUUAUCUUUGGGCAGAGCACGUCUGCUGCCAUCAUGGACCUGCUCAGCUCAUCCUAGGGUUGUGGGUGGCUGUCGUUCAAACCUGCUGAGGCGGAAGGAUGGCAUAGACAGGAGGCUUCUCCUGCAAAGUGUAUCAUGACAAAUUUUAGGAGUCUCACAGACCAUAAGGCACCCUUCAU